AUGCGUCUUCUUUUCUGCGCUUUGCUACUGAAAGUUAUGGCUACCGGCUUGCCCCAAGGGCGUCUUUUAAAAGACGGGAUUUCUGCUUGGCUCGGGGUCCGCUACGCCGAUCAACCAGAAAGAUUUCAGCGAGCUAGUUUGGCAAAUGAUUGGAAAGAUGAGCCUGGAAACAGCAUGGACAAACCUGCAAAAGCGUGCCCUCAAGCAAAAUUUUUUCCCGGCCUUGAAACCAGCGAGGAUUGCCUUUUUUUGAACGUUUUUGGACCGACCAAUCCGCCUUCCGCCUCUUCGUUACUUCCCGUUAUUGUCUAUAUCCACGGGGGUGCCUAUAAAUUUGGAAGUGGAAACGAGUUUACCGUCGAAAAUUUGGGCAAUUUAUCUAGCCAUGACAAUGUUAUAGUGGUCACGGUGCAGUAUCGGCUGUCAGUCCUGGGUUUCUUCUACCCACAUUUCCCGUCCUCUAAGUUUCACCCAAAUCUUGGACUCGAUGACACGCAUUUGGCAAUUAAAUUCAUCUCAAAAAAUAUUCAUGAGUUUGGAGGGGAUCCAAGUCAAAUAACAUUGAUUGGACAUUCUGCUGGGGCAUGCUCUGCUCAUGCGCUGGCCAUCUCGACUGCCGUCGAUCAAGGCGCAUUGAUUUUUCCGAAA